AAGGCUCAAAGUUCGUUCAGUUGCUGUAGUGCCCGGCGAGGAUUCGAAGCUAUGGCUCGCUCUUCGGGACUCCUCGUGCUGCUGGCCGCUGUGGCCGCACUUUGCAUGCUGCAGAGCGCCUUUGUAGGACCCAGCUCCAAGCCACAGGUGUCCCAAGAUGCUGCGAACUUGGCAGUCGCUGGUGCCGUGCUGGCUACACCAGAAGCAGCUCAUGCACGAUUGCCGGAGGAGUUUGUGAUCUUCGCACCCAUCGUUGAUGUGCUGCCGAUCCUGCCUGUCUUCUUCUUUCUCUUGGCCUUCCUUUGGCAGGCUGCUGUUGGCUUCCGCUGAGCUGGCGGAAAUAAGAUGUGGCUGAACGAAACGAGCGCAUUUUUAGAGGAGCAUUUGUUGUGCAACUGACAACCCAAAUAGUCUAUGCAGAGCUCUGGUUGGUGUCUGUUGAUGCUCCAGUCCGUCAAGAGGUGUUUGGGACUUCUCCACAAACCAAUCACCUCAAGCGAUCUGACAUCCUCAAGUUUGCGCACCAAACUUGUAGCGUGAACGUGAAAAACAAGUGCGCAAUGGCAAAA